AUGGCGUCCGCCGCGUAAAACACACCAUUGGUAGCAGCUGAGAGAAAUGGAUUUCGCACCCUGAAACCUAAGCCAGAGAACCGAGAUGAAUCAGAACUCCUCACUGUACCUGAUGGUUGGAAGGAACCAGCUUUUUCUAAAGAGGGCAAUCCCAGAGGACUCUUGGAGGAAAGCAGUUUUGCAGCUUUGUUCCCAAAAUAUAGAGCGGCCUACUUGAAAGAGUGUUGGCCCUUAGUGCAGAAGGCCUUGAAUGAACACCACAUCAAGGCCACCCUGGACUUGAUUGAGGGCAGCAUGACUGUCUGUACUACAAAGAAGACCUUUGAUCCCUACAUCAUCAUCAGGGCCAGAGACCUGAUAAAACUGUUAGCAAGAAGUGUUUCAUUUGAGCAGGCAGUACGGAUUCUUCAGGAUGAUAUUGCAUGUGACAUCAUCAAAAUAGGUUCUUUAGUAAGAAAUAAAGAAAGACUUGUAAAAAGAAGACAGCGACUUAUUGGUCCCAAAGGAUCUACUUUGAAGGCUUUGGAACUCUUAACGAACUGUUAUGUUAUGGUUCAGGGAAAUACAGUCUCAGCCAUUGGACCUUUUAGUGGUUUAAAAGAGGUUCGAAAAGUAGUUUUAGAUACCAUGAAGAAUAUACAUCCAAUUUAUAAUAUUAAAACCUUAAUGAUAAAACGAGAAUUGGCGAAAGAUUCUGAAUUACGAUCACAAAGUUGGGAAAGAUUUUUGCCACAGUUCAAACAUAAAAACGUGAACAAACGCAAAGAACCAAAGAAGAAAACUGCUAAGAAAGAGUACACACCAUUCCCACCACCACAGCCAGAAAGCCAGAUUGACAAAGAAUUGGCCAGUGGAGAAUACUUUUUGAAGGCAAAUCAGAAGAAGCGGCAGAAAAUGGAAGCCAUAAAGGCUAAACAAGCAGAAGCGCUCAGUAAGAGACAAGAAGAAAGAAAUAAAGCAUUUAUUCCACCUAAAGAAAAGCCAGUUAAAAAACCGAAAGAAGCUUCCACUGAAACUAAAAUUGAUGUGGCUGCCAUUAAAGAAAAGGUUAAGAAAGCAAAGAAUAAGAAACUUGGAGCUCUUACAGCUGAAGAAGUUAAGCUCAAGCUGGAAGCAGAUGAAAAGAAAAAGAAGAAAAAAUGACAUUUAAAAACCAAACCUUGAACUCCUAAUUUAUGACUCUUACCUCCUUUUGUGAAGGAUUUUGAGAAACCAGGGCAUUAGUUGCCCUAUCAUACUCUGGUCACUUUUUCUGAGUUUUGUUCAUAAAACAAUAGUACUUUUUAUAAAUAUAAAUUAUUCUGUUUUUCAUGUGUGUUAUGAGAAAUUUUGUGUUACAAGAAAUUUUGUGUUACAAUAUAUGUCACGUAUAUUGUAUAACAAGUUCCAGGCAGGUUUUACUGACACAUGAUUUUAAG